UUGAGAGAAACUACGAUAUUAAUGGGCCAGUGAGGCACUGAAUGUAAAAAGGUCAGUGGUUCCAUUUGGAGCUCCCAGUACCAAUAAAUACUGCCUCCUUGGAGUUUGUUCUGGAGAAAGGAAAGCCUUGGCUCUAUAGAAAGUUGGCUGUGAAGGGUGGACGGGGCAAGACAAGUACGGACCUGUGAAAAACUGAUCUGUCUCACCCCUUAGCUGACCUUAAUGAGGGGUGAGAUAGAGGAUCCCUUGAGUUUGGAGAGGGGCCCUGGGAAUUGUCUAAUGUGGGCAUUGGGUCAAGGGGCUUUUGGAACAGCCUGCUUUUGAUUGGGAUUCCUGGCUAAGAAAGUGAAAGUGAAAAUAGGUGAGUGCUUUCCUAGAAGCUGCCUGCCGCCUGCCCUUCCCAGAAGGAGGCUGGCAAGCUGGCAAACGGGAGUGUUGCUUCCCAGAGGAAGUCACAGAUAUCAGAGUUGCCUGCUCCUGACACAUCAUGACCAUGAGACACUGCUGGACAGCAGUCCCCAGUUCUUGGUGGGUCCUGCUUUUGUAUGUCCAUGUCAUUCUGGCCAGAGCCACAUUUGCACCUCAGACAACUGCCACUGUCUUAACUGGAAGCUCAAAGGACCCAUGCUCUUCCUGGUCUCCAGUAGUCCCAACUAAGCAGUACCCAGCACUGGAUGUGAUCUGGCCAGAAAAAGAAGUGCCACUGAAUGGAACUCUGACCUUGUCCUGUACUGCCUGCAGCCGCUUCCCCUACUUCAGCAUCCUCUACUGGCUAGGCAAUGGUUCCUUCAUUGAGCACCUCCCAGGCCGGCUGAAGGAGGGCCACACAAGUCGCGAGCACAGGAACACAAGCACCUGGCUGCACAGGGCCUUGGUGCUAGAAGAACUGAGCCCCACCCUACGAAGUACCAACUUCUCCUGUUUGUUUGUGGAUCCUGGACAGGUGGCCCAGUAUCACAUCAUUCUGGCCCAGCUCUGGGAUGGGUUGAAGACAGCCCCGUCCCCCUCUCAAGAAACCCUCUCCAGCCACAGCCUAGUAUCCAGAGCAGCAGGCCCAGGGGUCGCAUGAAGCCAACCACACCAUGACCUUGACCAGAGCCUGGCUCUCAUCUACCUGGAGGGUGGAGUCUACACCACAGGCUGCAAUUGCCUCUCUGUGGCUGAAGCUCAAGCUUCAUUUCUACCUAGAUUAUCAUAGUUAAUUAAGUCCUUAGCCUUCUUCCUGCUUGUCCUUCUGUCCACCCAUCCAGUUUACCUUUUCUGACGUCUUAUUCAUCCCACUGGUGUUCUGGAACCUCUGAGACCUGAUGACACCUUAGCCAAGUGAAAGCUCUGCUUACACUCAACAUGAAUUUGAGAUGCCUACCUGGCAGAUUUCCACAGCCUGCACCAAUCCAACAGGUUAACCCUGAAGCCUAGUUGAAAUAUAACUUUAGCAACAUCCACACUCAGCUCUGACCACUAUCUGCACCGACUUCAAUCUUUACAGGUGAUUUUGUUUUCCUAGUUUGCCCCCAAUGUACUGUUCUCAGGGACAGUGGCUGCUUCAGAUCACAAUUGUUCUGUCAGUCUGUGUCUCUGCAAGGCCCACACUGAGUCCUCAUAAAGGUGCAGCAGCUCAAGGUCUCUCUUUUUUUUUUUUUUUUUUUUAGACCCUGGUACUGUCUUCAGGAACUCUGCCUGACUCAGGCUGCAUGGGUCACUGCCUCUUGCUAAUAGAAAUUCAGAAUAACAUGAA